AUGCGGUAUGAAGCUGUUGCUGUGCCGGGCGAAUUACAUGGAUUUUGGACUGAAUACAAAAAUUUUGGUGGAAAUUUAGAAUGGAAAACACUUGUUGAACCAUCAAUUCAAUUAUUGGAAGAAGGUUCUCCAACUUCUCAUGUUCUUGCUAGACAAUUACAAAAUCAUAAACAACAAAUUCUUUCAAAUAAAUUAUUAGCUUCUAUAUUUACAAAUCCAAAAACUGGGCAUUUAUUUGCUGCUGGAGAACAAAUUAAUACAAGAAAUAAAUUGGCAGAUACUUUGAGGAUAUUAGCUAAUUGCUCCAAUCCUUUAGAAAUUUUUUAUAAAGGAGAAAUAGCAAGGAGUAUUUCAGAGGAAUUUGAAAAAAAUAAUGGAAGAUUAACAUUUGAGGAUUUUAACAAUUACAAAUCAAUUAUUCGAUCAGAUAAAGAUAUUAUUUAUACUAAACUUCCUAAUGGAAGAACAAUUUGUGGACCACCUCCACCAUCUGGAUCAGCAGUAACUCAAGGAAUUAUAAAUAUUUUAUCCAAAAUGGAAUUUAAUUUAACUACAAUAUCCGGCUCUGUCGAUUAUUUCCAUUCAUUUAUCGAAGCUUCUAAAUUUGCAUAUUCAAUUCGAGAUUCGUUAGGUGAUAUUGACUUUGUACCCAAUUCUCUUAAUUUAUCACAUUUAUUAACUAGCCAAGAAUGGGCUGAGAAUGUUCGGUCAGAAAAAUAUUUUUUUUUCUUUUUUUUUUCAAAUUUUCUUUAA